AUGUUAGAUGAACUAUAUAAAGCAGAACGUGGAGAGUUGGAAAAGAAACUUCAAGCAAAAGAUGAAGUCAUUGAAUCCAAAGACAAAAGCAUACAGAAAAGAAUACCGCGUUCAGUACCAAAAGGAAAGGAAAAGAGUUAUAAGUAUAUGAUAUAUACUGAAGAGUUGGAGAAAGAAGAAGAUAAAGAUAUGGUUAUGUUACAUUUAGUCAGAAGAAACAACAAGAGCUUUUAUGACUUAGCUAAGAUAUAUAAAUCUGACAGAAACUGGUUCUAUCGUGAAAACUUACCGAUUUCAAUGACACUGAAUGAGCAAAUAAAGGAAAUUGUCAAAAAUACUCUUCCUCAAACACACUAUAACAUCAAAGGUUGUACAAUACUUACAUUCAAAGAAGACUUAACAUUACUGAAGGAAAAAAUAACAGAAUAUUUCGACAACUUCAAAGAGGAAGAAUGA